AUGGAAGCUUGUACCGCUGACGGAGAUUGUCCAAAAGACUCCAAAUGCACCAUUAGAGGUUGCGAUGGCAGCAUUUGUUUGUGUCGUUCAGAUUUAAUCCCCAAUCUUAAUUACACCAAAUGUGUUUCAAUUGCAGAAGUCGGCCAAAGUUGCACCUCUUCCAAGUUCUGUCGUCCCGUCAGCACUCGAUGUGAUCACGAGUUUGGCAGAUGCGCUUGCCAGAACGGAUACUUAGCCUCCAAUUCAAACAGCAGUGUGACCUACUGCAAACAAAAACCUUUACUAUCUACUUCCACCAGCUUCUCUUUACUGAACGAAUUUUGUGACAACAAACGACUGAAAUGCUCCCCAGAAAACCAUUUGGAAUGCGAUAGUGGUACACGUGUUUGCGUCUGCACAAAAGGGUACAAAAAGGCUUCUAUCGAAAUUAUCAACGCCUAUCCAUUUAAUGUUGUUCAAUGCGUUCCCCUGAAUUUUUCAAUUGGAAUCAAGAUCAAAGAAGACCAGUGUUUCAGUCCACCUCCAGUGUCACAGAGUUCAUCUUCUAAACAAACAAUUAUCGCCAUUUCAUUGACGGCCACCGAUCAGUUUUCAUCAAAAUUUGUGUCAACAUCUGACAUUCCAUCAUUAUCAACGGAUUUCGGACAAACACUGUCAUCAGCGUUAUUAACAAGUUUCUCAAACUUACAACCUACACCAGCAAUUACAACAUCCGCCUAUAAAACACAGAAAUAUACAAAAAUUCCGGAACCUUUAUCGACAGCCCCGUUAGAAGAAAGUAUUAGUUUCUCUUUCCCUUCCACAAUACUUCCGUGGAGUAAUGGGAUGGAAUCGUUUUCGGAAACAAAGUUGGAAACUCAACAAACAGUUCAUCACUCCCUCGUUAACUCUGUUUAUACCAAAUUUAUUUCAGACACAGUGACAAGUAGUGAAAAUUAUGAACACUCAUCAUCAAGUUUAUCUUUUUUCACAACGAAUGCUAACCUGAUGACAACGUAUUUAUCAUCCGAAAGCAAGAUUAUGUCUCAUUCCUCGAUGGAACCUAGUUUCCAAUAUGCAUCAACACUGAUUGAAUCAUCUCAACUUAAAUCUAGUUCUCCAGUAAUUUUCAGCUCUGAAUUAUUGACACAGGUGUUAAAGAGUCCCACACCCCCAUUUAUUACAUCAUCAUCACAAACUAGUUCAGUGGUACCUUCAUUGUCAGAAACUGUUUCAAUGGGACCAUCAGAAACUGGUUCAGUGACACCAUCAUUGUCAGAAACUGAUUCAGUGAAACCAUCCUCAUCAGCACAAUUCACAGCAACAACAAAGUUAUCAAGAUCACAAACGACCACGAGAGUUUUGGAGGAAACAACAUUAUUCUCUCAACCUUCGAUCUCUUCUGGUUUUGCUUCAUCCACAGUAUCAACCAUAGAGAACCUGACUCCAUUUCCUACUUCAUCUGAACAGCAAACAAUAUCUUCAUCUUUGAUUAUAAGUCCAACCCCAACUCAAUCCAGUAGUCAACAAAUUUCAGUUAGUUCAGUUGUCACUACAGCAUCAUCUCAAACUGGGGCUAUUUCAACAACAGCAGAACCAACUAAAAGAACAAUGAAAACAUCCCAGGCAACAACUGCUGGUUCUCCACAAAGUACAACAUCCAGAAUACCAAUUGGAGAAGUUUGCGAAAGAAAUAUCACGUGUCCUGCAAACGCAUUUUGUGAGAAACACUUUGAGUGUGGGAGCAACUUGAUGUGUUACUGCAAGCAUAGCUAUGUACCCAGUGAUGACAAUAAACUAUGCUUAAAAAUACAGUAUCUUGGCGGGAAAUGCGCAUCGGACAAGCAAUGUGUUGGACCAAACACAGUCUGUGUUGGUGGAUCCUGUUCGUGUAAAGAUGGAUAUAUUUCAAGCAGCAAUGGGACAAGAUGCAGACGGGAAAUGUCAUGGUUCGUCAGCUUUCCACUUCUUGGGGACCGUUGCAUGGGAUUCCUUUCCUCGUGCUACAACCAUGACGAACAAGAAUGUAAAAACAAGAAGUGUUCUUGUAAAGGUGGAUAUAGAGAACUGGUUGACGAUGAUUUGAAAUUACGGCAUAAGAAUUAUCAGCAGUGUAUCAAGAAUAACACAGAUUUUGGUAACAUGAAACGAAACAUAAGAUGUACAGAUAUAACGGCAUCAGAAUUUUCAGAUCCGUACGACUCAGAGGCAAACAGAAAAAUCAGAGUGAUGCAAGGGGCCAUCAUUGGUGGAGUGAUAGCUUUAAUUGUUUUAACACUUGCAGUGGUAGGAGUGAUAUUAUACAUAAGAUACAAAAAGAGAACAGGUGACAUGAACAACGAUUCAGGAUCAGAAAUAUCAUUUGAGAGACAAUCCAGUGGACGCUACUCAUUUAGAAUUCCGCGUCCCUUCGCAACAUAUGACAGUACACCAGCCGACAACUUGUCCUUCCACAACCGUUCAUUCAAAGAUGACGAAACCCAUCGUCUACGAGAAGAUGAGCUUAAAUCAUUAAAUGGAACUCUUGCUAAAUUUUACUUCGAUGAUAUUGACUACAAAUCACACGAAGAUUUUAGACCACAUGAAGAUGGGAAGUGAUGGUAUUGUCAUAAUGUAACGUUGGGAUUUUGAGAUUACAGUCCACUGGAACUGAAUACUAUUAAUGCCGGCAUGAGUGUUUGUGUG